AUGAACCUUCUUCUAUUGAUAAUAGUGCCUAUCACUGUUAUCAUUCCGGAUGUUCACAGUCAGAACGAUGCUACUGAUUCAACUAAAACAAGUUCUUCACCCUCUUUGAAUUGUGAUUUCCUGAAUGACUCGUUUAGUUAUAAGGACAUGACUUAUAACGGUGAAUGCUGUAACACGGAUGCAGUGGAGUUCAUGGACACAGAACAUCCAUUGUGGAGAUUCACUACCCUUCAAUGGAUACAGGAAUCCUACUUAGGCGAAUUGUUUGCCCGAGGUGACUGUAACAUAUCGAGUACCUCCACAGUAGAGCAAUCUACUACAGUACUAACCUCUACGACUACUGUACCAGAAACCACAACUACUAUUGCUACUACUGAAAGUUCCUCUACAAUACUCAUGACCGAAGCUGACCCGAAGGCAUCAAGAAAGUAUGGUAGGUUGUACCGGCAACUCGGCAACUAA